AUGGCUCGUAUUCCCGUCGAUGUUGAAAUCGAAAUCGAUCGAUUUUGUAAUAAUGUUAAACAAUCAACAUAUACACGUUCAGUUGAUUUAGCAUUAGCUACUAUAUUAAUUUUAAAAAAACUUAUUGGAGAAUCAAAAUGGUCAAAUGCAAGUGAACUUAUUACUAUGAUACGUUCUCAAGCUCAUCGUCUUAAUGAAGGACAACCGGUGGAUAGUAUUACAUUUAAUAUUACAAGACGUAUACUAAAGAUAAUUCGUGAAGUAUCUGUACGAAUAAUUCAUGGUAAAAAUGAAGGUAGUGAUAUAUCUUUAACACUUCAAGCCGUUCUUAAUGAUCGUGCAACAAUGUUAACUAUGAAUGAUGAUGAAUACGAAAAUCCAGAUGAUAAUCUUCAAUUAAAAAAGAAACAACAAGUUCAAGCUGAUUUAACUGAAUCAAUGCCAAUAAAUAGUAUCGAAAGUGAAGUACCAAUGCACAUACUUAAACCUGAAUUAAUGGAUGAUCUAAAUUGGUAUGCAACUGAUGUUGAAUUAAGUGUACAAAAUCUUGCACAACAAGCCUUAGCACAUAUUCAUGCCAAUGAAAUUAUAUUAACAUUAGGUUAUUCAUAUACUGUUGAGCGAUUUUUUAAAUAUGCAGCCGCUAAAAAACGGCAAUUUCAUGUAUUUAUUCUUGAACAUGCACCUUUUUUUACUGGACAUAAAAUGGCAAUCAAUUUAUCUCAAGCAAACAUUCCAGUUACAGUUGUUACUGAUUCAGCUGUAUUUGCUAUAAUGGCACGUGUUAAUAAAAUACUUAUUGGUACACGUAGUCUUCUAGCAAAUGGAGGUUUAACAGCUAAAUCUGGUACAUAUAAUUUAGCAUUAGCUGCAAAAAAUUAUAAUGUACCAUUACUUGUUUGUGCACCAACAUAUAAAUUUUCUCCAACAUAUCUUCCAUCAUUUGAUCCAGUUAUGUGUAAUAGUUUUCCAUCACCAGAAAAUAUUUUAUCAUAUGAAUCUUUAUUUCAAUCAUCAUUAGAUAUUGUUGUACCAAUGCAUGAUUAUGUCCCACCUGAAUUAGUUACAUUAAUUAUUGGUAGUGGAAUGGGAAAUGCACCUUCAUAUGUUUAUCGAAUUGUUAGUGAAUUAUAUAGUGCAGAAGAUAAUGAUCUUGAACGUUCACAAAAAAAAUCUUCAAGAUAA